CGACCGCGAGCCGCGGUCGGUUGUUCGUUGAGCGACACCGUAAGAGCAUCCGCCCGCCGAGGAGUCGCGGUGGCCUACGUGUUGGCUAUUAUGCGAUAGGAGUGCCCGCGAACCAAACCAAAUAUUGAUACUGAAAAGCAAUAAAUCGGCGGACGACAUCGCGAAGGAAGCAUGAUUAUCAAAAAACCCACAGCCGAUCAAGCGUUCAUCGAGAGCAAUGUCGCGAAACGGUUCUCGCCACUGGCACGGCAGAUGCUGGCCGCCUCCGGUCCGAUUGUGAGCAGCGCAGCGGCUGGCAUGACGAAUGGCUUCUCGGCCAUACUGUUACCGCAACUGCAGCAACCGGAUAGCCGGUUCACUAUCACCGAAGAGCAAUCGUCCUGGAUAGCCUCGAUGGCUCCUUUACCGAUGGCCGCCGGAUGCAUCAUCGGUGGCCUGUUGAUGGAACGGUUUGGGCGCAAAUCGGCGCAUCUGUUGCUGAACGUAUCCUUCGCCAUCGGUUGGUGCGCCCUGUCGAUGGCCCAGAGCUAUCCGCAGAUCCUGAUCGGACGAUUCAUUACCGGGUUUAGUUGUGGGCUGGUGGGACCCCCCGCCUCCGUGUAUAUCGCCGAAACGAGUGAUCCACGGUAUCGGGGUAUCUUGCUGGCCAGCGUUACGUUCGCCGUUUCCGGUGGUAUUCUGCUGGCGCAUCUGUUCGGAACGUUCUUUCGAUGGCAAACGGCCGCACUGCUCUGUUCGUUGUUUAUGAUACUGGCCUACUUGCUGAUGCUCGUCUCACCGGAGAGUCCUUCGUGGUUGUUGGGACGUGGAGAGCUGCAACGAGCGGAGACCGCGUUCCGGUGGUUGCGUGGCUACGGACCGGAAAGUCGCAGUGAGUUCGAAGCCAUGGUGGCCCGGAGUACGAUUGGCAGGAGCCAGGAGAAGCCCUCUGAGGGCGGUGGACGGGGGCAGGAGGAGGAGGAGGAGCAUGCGACGAGUCCGUAUCGGAGGCGAGAGUUCCUGAUGCCACUGGCAACACUGUUCGUGUUCUUUGCGACGAUGCAAUUUUCGGGCGUCAACAUCGUUGCGUUCUAUUCGAUCUCGCUGAUGCGGACGACGAUCGGAAGUGACGGACUGAACGAGUAUCUGGCGAUGCUGAUCGUCGAUCUGGUACGGGUCUUCACUUCCCUGCUGGCCUGCGUAUUGCUGCGUUCGGUCGGUCGACGACCGCUGGCGAUGGCAAGUGGCAUCGGUACCACCGUAAGCCUGAUUGGGCUGUCGAUCUUCCUGUACUUCCAAACCAGCAUCCCACUGUACCGGAACUACUCGUCGCUGUCACUGAUCUUUCUCAUCAGCUACAUCGUAUUCGUGGGCAUCGGGCUGUUCCCGUUGCCGUGGUGCAUGACCGGUGAGAUCUUUCCGGUGGUGACACGCGGGCUCGGUUCGGGGCUUACGUCUUCGUUUAACUUUGUCUGUUUCUUCGCGGUUAUCAAAACCGGUCCGACUCUGUUUGCGGCCGUCGGUACUAAUGGUACGUUCCUAGUGUAUGGCGUUAUCUCGUUGCUCGGUACGUUACUGCUGUACGUUCUGCUGCCCGAGACCAAAAACCGUACGCUGGCAGAAAUCGAGGAUCAGUUCCGGGCCGGGCGCCAGCGGAGUGCCAAAGUGUUGCCAACGGUAACGACCGUGUCAGCGGGGGUAGCAUAAUUAUGAGCUAUUAUUAGUGUGCUUAAGUACUCCUCUCAUUGGUUAAAAAUAGACAAUACAUUUUAAUACAUAAAUAGGUAACUAAUCAACAUUGAUUCAAGUCUUUAGAGCGGUUCAGAGCAUGUUGCAAUCGCGAGACAUGUUGUAUUUAAUCGCAUUAUUAUUAAUAUUAGAUUGAUAUUCUUUUGGAGAAUUUGUAAACUUAGUAGCAAUAGUAUUUUUUUACAGUAGAGUGCAAUACUCCUGGGCUGGAAUUUGAAAAUUGAAGAAUCGGUACGAAAUAGUAGUUAGAACUAAAAGACUUUAGUAGAUACCAGCGGAUGGACCGCUCAGCAUAAUUGUUUGUUAUUCGUUUUGUUUUUUUUAAAUAAACAAUUGCAUCUUUGUUGAAAGCUG